GUUAAUCAAAAAUUAGAGAGAAUUUGAAGGGACGAAUAAGGAACCAGAAGAAACUGGUAUUACCGCUUUGUUUCCGUAGCUUUCUCCUGCUCUCGCUAAGAAGCUAAAUUGACCGGGAAAAUCUUCGUUUUCCUAAAUUUGGGAUCUGCAGUGAAGCAUAAAUGGCUAACAAGUCAAAGCCAAAGCCAAGAAAGUUGUCUGUGUAUCUAUAUAUUCCCAAUAUCGUUGGUUAUAUAAGAGUUCUCUUGAAUUGCAUUGGCUUUGCUCUGUGCUUUUCUAAUAAAAGGCUUUUUUCUCUCCUUUACCUUUUGAGCUUUGUUUGUGAUGCUGUUGAUGGUUGGUGUGCUCGUAAAUUUAAUCAAGUGUCAACCUUUGGAGCUGUUCUGGAUAUGGUAACAGAUAGGAUUAGCACUGCUUGUCUACUAGUUAUUCUUUCCCAAGUGUACUGGCCUAGCUUGGUUUUCUUGUCAUUGCUUGCCUUAGAUAUUGCGAGCCACUGGCUGCAAAUGUACAGUACUUUCUUAGCGGGCAAGGCAAGUCAUAAGGAUGUAAAAGACAGCAGUAACUGGCUUUUUAAGGCUUACUAUGGGAACCGAAUGUUCAUGGCUUACUGCUGUGUGGCAUGUGAGGUUUUGUAUAUUAUCCUAUUUCUAAUUGCAGAGAACCAGACUGAAGAUCUGAUAGAUGUUUUAACAAUUUCUAUGAAAGCAGGCUCACCAGUUUCAUUUUUACUUGCUGUAAGCUUAUUUGGAUGGGCAAUCAAGCAAACUGUGAACGUUAUACAGAUGAAGACAGCUGCAGAUGUUUGUGUGCUUUAUGACAUCGAGAAAAAGCAGAAGCCCUAAUCCUCAAAUUUCCCAUUUUUUUUCUCUUUAACAUCGAUGGCCUCAUGUUCAAAUUCUGGCACUUUUAUUUUUCAUUGAAAAGAUUGCAAAAGCAGCUAAUGGAAUCCAUAAAAUGGUUUGAUGUUCCAGGAGGAAAAGAAAGGAGAGAGUCAGAUGCCUGUAGGUUUGUCUUUUUUCAUUAGUUUGGAGGAUGUUUUAGCCAUGAACUGAGGGCUUGGGUGACAGGCAAUAUGACAAAGAUGAUUGUGUCAUGAGACUUCUUGGGCUAUUGAUGAACUGAUGAACUGUGUAAUAGCUCUAAAUUGUGAUGCUGAUGACUAAUGUUUUCAUCGGCAAUACAAAUACAGGAACUACAAGCCUUCAAGAGUUUACCUUGAAAUGUCUGAAUCGGGAUGUCCGCUAUGUUAUAUACCAUUUUGUUGAAUUUUAAUGUUACAGAUUUCUAAUGGAAUGAUGUAGUUCUUGAAAAA